GUCAAAUUAUGAAACUUCUCUUAUUUCGUUAUCAUUUACGUUUGACGUAUUCAGUGACUUUUUAAAACAUGUGAUUCCAGCCAGCUGUACAACGCCAGAUGGUUUCCUAGGCAGGUGCGUUCACUUGAACUUUUGCAAUUCCUUAUUAGAACUGCAAAAUAUACCCCCGGCAUAUAGAACUGUUCAUGAUAAUUUGCUUCUAGAAUACUCCAACUGUUAUCAUCCUAAAACCAGACAAAAAACGAAGAAGGUCUGUUGUCCAAAUGAAGUACCAACACUAAUCAAAGUAGACCCCAGCUAUUGUAAAACAUUUGACGGUCGAGUUGGAGUAUGUACGAAUGUGCAAAUAUGUUCCUCAUUUAAGCAACAGCUAGAACUACCGAUGGAGGCCAAAAUCAUGAAAAGACUGGACAUGUCCAGGUGCGGAAAUCUAGAAAGACACAGCGUGUGUUGCGAAUAUCAUUCCAAUGCUUAUCCUUUAGAAAACAACUCCUAUGAGAACAAUUUCGCACCGUCUAGCACCUGUACUUUAUCUAGUACCCCACCUGAACCGCAAAGCAACUGCUGCGGAAAGGAAGCUACCAAUAGUGACAGAAUUAUUGGAGGAACUGAAACCAAUAUAGAUGAAUACCCAUGGCUUGUACUAAUAGAGUAUGUGAGAAAAGCGACAAGUGAAAUUGAAGUAGGGUGCGCAGGGUCCCUGAUAAGUGGGAAGUAUGUCCUGACGGCGGCACACUGUUUGAGAGGACAAACCAUUGCUGCGCAUAUUCCUGUCAACGUUCGACUUGGGGAGUACAAUAUUUCGAAUAUCGGUCCUGAUUGUGUGAAAGCUCCUGGUGGUGGUAUAGACUGUACAGAAAAUCCUGUUGUUAUACCAAUAGAGCAAACCUUUAUACACGAAGAAUACAAUGAGAAUGAUAUUCAAGGACACAACGAUAUCGCACUGAUUAGACUCAUGACGAUGGCGCCCUACACUGAAUUCAUUCGUCCAAUUUGCCUGCCCACUUCAGAAUUUUCAGAAGACACGACAAACAAAAAAAGACUAUUUGCUUCGGGAUGGGGAUUGACAGAAACUCUGGAGUCUAUGAGCCCUGUCAAACGUGGAGUGGAACUACCUUACAUGAGCUUUGAAGAAUGUUAUAAAUUUUAUAGUUAUAACAACAUAAUGUUAACGAAGCAACAACUAUGUGCUGGUGGGGAGCCUGGGAAAGACUCGUGCAAGGGUGACUCUGGCGGACCUUUGAUGUACCUAAAAGGGGAUUUGUAUGAAGUAACAGGUGUGGUUAGCUUCGGACCGUUAAUUUGCGGACAAUCAAUACCUAGCGUGUACAUUAAUGUCUACCAGUAUCUACCAUGGAUAUGGCAACAUAUAAAUAAUUCUUGAAAGUCUAAAAAUUUAAUUAUGAUCGUCAGUUUUUACUAUCGAAACAUUUAAUAUCAGAAGUUCAUUAAGAAAACCAGCGCGACUUUCAGUGACAAGCUUAAGGCCGCCUCAGCUGAUCCUUCUCCUUUUG